CCUGCUGUCGCCGUGACCACCGACACACAGACGCACACGCUGCCGUUUCUGCUGUCGCCGUGACCAACGUCUGCUGCUGCCGCGGGCUCUGGUCAAGAUGAACCUCUUCUGCUUCACGCUGGAGGGCUCGACGGACAGCCUGUACCGGCCGACGGAGAGUAAGAGAGGUUUCCAGGAGACCGCCGUAUUACCCAGCAGGCCGAGCACCAGCAAGUCCCUGCAGGAAAAAGCAAAGUGGCGCGGCUCGGAGCCUUGCAUCGCCACACUGGACGCGCAGGAGCAAAGGCACACAUCCAGUUUGAAGAAAGCGAAACGAAAAUCCCACACACCAGGAGCAAGGUUAUCUACAGAACACGAAGCUCUAGACAUUCCAGAUUGCACUAAUGCAUACUGGCACACAUCCAGACCCAGAGAAGACUGGGUUGAAAUUAAGAAUGGUCACAACGAAGUGCUAGACAAUGAGCCUCUUCAAGCAAGACUUCUCCCUGAGGAAGACACAGUCCGACAGCUCACAUUAGAGAGGAGAGAGAGAGGGCAAAUCACCCAGACAGUGAACUUUGAGGCCUGGAACCCAAACUGGGAACCCUCCGACAGUCGGCAGCACGAUUUGGCGUGGGAGGCGGAGGGAGAGGCAGGGGAGGCACGCGGCACGCUGAAGAAGAUCCAGAAACUGGUGCGCGUCAAAAGAGGAAGUCCGAACAGCGCCGAGGAGGCCAAGACUCUCCCGACCACGCCGACAAAGGUGACGCUCAUUAAAUAAACAACAUAAAGAAAUGCUGUUAUUUUUGCAGUCAAACAAACUAGCUAUAUGAUGAAUCAACCAGGUAAAAAGUAAAUAACUGAACUAUACAUCUGAACAAAUAAACUACUUAAUGUGCACUUUCCCCUGAAUUCCCCUGUUUCCCCUGAAUAUUACUAACUGCUUCCCCUGUAUAUUACUAACUGCUUCCUUUAUAUUACUAACUGCUUCCUGUAUAUUACUAACUGCUUCCCCUGUAUAUUACUAACUGCUUCCUUUAUAUUACU